AUGUAUAACCGUCCAAGUUCCAAAACUAGAUAUUAAUAAGAACCUACUAUGGAUUCAAUCAACCUUAAAGAAAAAUAAUUAUAUUUAUAAUCUAGUAGUAUAAGUAAAUCAAUAUUUCAUUCAUUUCCUAUAUAGAUCCAUUAACAGGUGCAAUGUUGAGACCUGAUUAAUCAUACAAUUAAUAGCAAUAUAAUAAUGCUAAUUUUGAUAAGAAAAUAGCUCUAUAGGCCAGCUCUAUUAGUAAAUUCUUAAACAAAAAUUAGAUCCUCUUACUGGUGCUCCUCUUGUCAGAAAUCCAAUUAGUUAUUAACAAGAUCCUAUCCAAUAAAAAUAUCCAUACCAAAGUGUCUAAUAAAAUGCUGGUGGCUAUGCUACAUCAGCAAAUUAAAUUGGAUCUGGAGGCAAUGGUAACGAUGCAUAAUUUCAAAAGAAUUUGGUUAAAUUUUUUGCUGCUGAUGACCCAAAUUAAAUCUAAUCAAAAUCUUAUAAUAAAACAAAUAAUUCAAUACCAUCAGAUCCUUAAUUUUAGAAGAAUCUUGUUAAAUUUUUUGCUGCUGAUGAUCCUUCUUAGCCAAUUAGAUAAAAUAAUAAUAUUAGAUAAAGUAAUUCUAGGGCAAAUAAUAAUGCAUAUUCACAAUAAUCAUAUCCAUAAUAUUAAGGAUAAUAAUCAAGAAGUUAAAAUGAUCAAUAAUUUUAAUAAAACUUAAAUAAAUUCUUUGCUGCUGAUGAUCCCUCUUAAGUAAAAAAACAUUCAAUGUAAUAAUAAUACUCUAGCCAUUCAUAAUAAUAAUAAUAAAGAAAUCAAUAAUUUAAUGAGGCUCCUCCUGAUCCUAGAUUAGUGGGUGAUCCCAAUUUUUAAAAAAAUCUUAAUAAAUUUUUUGCUGCAGAUGACCCAUCCCAACCAAAAAAAUAAGUAAAUAAACAUUCUUAAUAAUAAUAAUAAAUUAAUGCUAUUGAACAAAAUAAACUCUAAAGACUAGAAUAAGAUCCUAGAUUCUAAAAAAAUCUAUAAUAAUUUUAUGGAAUUGAUGGAGUAUCUCAACAAAAUAAAAAUGGCUAGUAUGCAUCAUUUUUUAUUAUUAUAGAAGUGUUUAAGGAACUAUUCAAUAAUAGAAUAAGUCUAUCAAAGUACUUGCAAUUACUGAUAGCAGUUCAGCAGCAAGAAAUUAAGUGUCUGCAUUCUUUAGAACAAGAGGAAUUGAUGAUUUUGAUGUAUUUACAAAUCCUGGAGGUGUGUUUGGGUUACAGAAUAAUCCUCUUUAAGAGCAAUGCUUAAAAUAAUACUUAGAUACUAUGAGCAAUGCCUAUGUUAUUAAGGAAGUAUAUAUAAUUUCUGUUCUUGAUAACAGUAGUGUAAUUUUAUAGAAUUAUUUAUAGAAUGCAAAAAUAUACACUAAUGCAAAUGAUAAGAGAUCCCAUUAGAUAGCAAUUUAAGAUUUAAAGGCCGUUUUAGAGAACAAAUUAAGUGUUUAAUUUAAAUUGCAUGGAAUUAUUAUAGAUCAAAGAGGAGCAUCAGAGAAGGCUUUUUGA